AGGGUGCUGCGCUCUGAUCCUUCCGGUGUUUGAGUAGGAAGCAGCAAAGAGAGAAGACUGCACUUCUACUAGUAGUGGUAGUUUCUUGUGGAACGACAGCUUCAGGAGAUAUCUUUGGUUGUGUUCUUAUUGUGAAGGGGGAUUCGAGCUGCACCAUGUCCCGCGGUUCGAUAGAAAUCCCCUUGCGGGAUACGGAUGAGGUCAUCGAGCUUGACUUUGAUCAGCUGCCUGAAGGAGACGAAGUCAUCAGUAUUCUUAAACAAGAACAUACCCAACUGCACAUAUGGAUAGCUUUGGCGCUGGAAUACUACAAACAAGAGAAGACGGAAGAUUUUGUGAAACUGUUAGAAGCUGCCCGCAUAGAUGGCAACCUGGACUACCGAGACCACGAAAAAGAUCAGAUGACAUGCUUGGACACACUUGCAGCUUAUUAUGUGCAGCAGGCUCGAAGAGAAAAAAAUAAAGAUAACAAAAAAGAGCUGAUAACCCAGGCAACGCUAUUGUACACAAUGGCUGACAAAAUCAUUAUGUACGACCAGAACCAUUUGUUGGGAAGAGCGUGCUUCUGCCUGCUGGAAGGUGAUAAAAUGGAACAGGCAGAUGCCCAGUUUCACUUUGUGUUAAACCAGUCUCCUAAUAACAUUCCAGCGCUCUUAGGUAAAGCUUGUAUAUCGUUCAAUAAGAAAGAUUACAGAGGAGCACUGGCUUACUACAAAAAAGCCCUGCGUACGAAUCCUGGCUGCCCAGCUGAAGUUCGAUUAGGUAUGGGCCAUUGUUUUGUGAAGCUAAACAAGUUAGAGAAAGCUCGCUUAGCAUUCAGUCGAGCUUUGGAAUUGAAUCCACAGUGUGUUGGUGCUUUGGUUGGAUUGGCUAUCUUGGAACUUAAUAACAAGGAGGCUGAUUCGAUCAAAAAUGGGGUGCAGCUGCUUUCUAGGGCAUACACGAUUGACUCAAGCAAUCCCAUGGUCCUGAAUCAUUUGGCCAAUCAUUUUUUCUUUAAAAAGGAUUACGGCAAGGUCCAACAUUUGGCACUUCAUGCUUUUCACAACACUGAGGUGGAGGCCAUGCAGGCAGAGAGCUGUUAUCAGCUGGCAAGAUCUUUCCAUGUGCAGGAAGAUUAUGACCAAGCUUUCCAGUAUUACUAUCAAGCUACACAGUUUGCCUCUUCCACAUUUGUCUUGCCAUUUUUUGGUUUGGGCCAAAUGUACAUUUAUAGAGGAGACAAGGAAAAUGCAUCUCAGUGCUUUGAAAAAGUUCUUAAAGCAUACCCUAACAACUAUGAGACUAUGAAAAUCCUGGGGUCCUUAUAUGCCACAUCUGAGGAUCAAGAGAAGCGAGAUAUUGCAAAGGGCCACCUUAAGAAGGUAACAGAGCAGUACCCUGAUGAUGUUGAGGCAUGGAUUGAACUUGCACAGAUCUUGGAGCAGACUGACAUUCAGGGGGCAUUGUCAGCCUAUGGAACAGCCACCCGUAUCCUUCAAGAGAAAGUGCAGGCUGAUGUUCCUCCAGAAAUUCUUAACAAUGUGGGUGCUCUGCAUUUCAGACUGGGAAACCUGGGGGAAGCUAAGAAAUACUUUUUGGCUUCCUUGGAGCGUGCAAAGGCAGAGGGAGAGCAUGAUGAGCAUUACUAUAAUGCCAUUUCUGUUACAACAUCUUAUAACCUUGCCAGGUUGUAUGAAGCUAUGAAUGAAUUUCAUGAAGCAGAAAAGUUGUAUAAAAACGUUUUGAGGGAGCAUCCCAACUAUGUUGAUUGCUAUUUACGUUUGGGAGCAAUGGCCAGAGAUAAGGGAAACUUUUAUGAGGCUUCUGAUUGGUUUAAAGAAGCUCUGCAGAUUAACCAGGACCAUCCAGAUGCCUGGUCAUUGAUUGGUAACCUUCAUUUGGCCAAACAGGAAUGGGGUCCUGGACAGAAGAAGUUUGAACGAAUUCUGAAGCAGCCAACCACACAGAAUGAUACUUACUCAAUGUUGGCCCUUGGUAAUGUGUGGCUUCAGACAUUACAUCAGCCAAGCAGAGACCGAGAAAAGGAAAAACGACACCAGGAUCGUGCUUUGGCCAUCUACAAACAAGUGCUUCGGAAUGAUUCAAAGAAUUUGUAUGCUGCCAAUGGUAUAGGUGCUGUGCUUGCACAUAAGAAUUACUUUCGAGAGGCUCGUGAUGUGUUUGCCCAGGUGAGGGAAGCUACAGCUGAUAUCAGCGACGUUUGGUUAAACCUUGCGCACAUCUAUGUGGAGCAAAAGCAGUUCAUCAGUGCUGUACAGAUGUAUGAAAACUGUUUGAAGAAGUUCUUCAAGUAUCAAAACACAGAAGUAUUGUUGUACCUGGCUCGGGCAUUAUUCAAAUGCGGACGGUUACAGGAGUGUAAGCAAACUCUACUUAAGGCCAGGCAUGUUGCUCCUAAUGAUACAGUGCUGAUGUUUAAUAUUGCCUUAGUGCUGCAAAGACUAGCUACUUCUAUCUUGAAAGAUGAAAAGAGUAACCUGAAGGAAGUUUUGAAUGCUGUCAAGGAGCUAGAGCUUGCCCACAGAUAUUUUAGUUAUUUGAGCAAAGCAGGAGAUAAAAUGAAAUUUGACCUUGCACUUGCCAGUUCGGAAGCAAGGCAGUGCUCGGAUUUGCUUAGUCAGGCUCAGUACCAUGUGGCUCGUGCUCGCAAGCAGGAUGAAGAAGAAAGAGAACUAAGAGCAAAACAAGAACAAGAAAAAGAAUUGCUGAGACAGAAACUCCUUAAAGAGCAGGAAGAAAAACGUCUCAGAGAAAUGGAAGAACAGAAGAAGCUUCUAGAGCAGAGAGCCCAGUAUGUAGAGAAGACCAAGAAUCUUUUGGUUUUCAGUGGCGAUAUGGAAACUGCAAAGGAGAAAAAGAAAGGUGGUGGCGGCAAGAGAGGCAAAAAAGGUGGAGAUUUUGAUGAGUUUGUCAACGAUGGUUCUGAUGAAGACUUACCAGUUCCAAAGAAGAAACGAAGAAGAAAAGGCAGCGAGAGCGAACAGGAGGGAGGUGAAGAUGAUGAAGAGGGCACUAAAAAGAGGAAGAAGAGGCAACAGAGGAAGAAGAGGCCUCCAAAGGGUGGAGAGGAAGGUGGAAGUGAUGAUGAUGGUGAAGGUGCUCCAAAACCCAAGAGACAGCGCAAACCUAGAACUGAGAAGGAGAGGAAGAAGAAGGAAAAGCCUAAACCAGUUGAACGCCUGCCACUUUCAGUUAAAGGAAAAAUCAAAUCAAAAGCUAUCAUUUCUUCGAGUGAAGAUUCUUCAGAUGAGGACAGAUUGAAAAUUGCAGAUGAUGGUAAUGCUAGAAAUAGUGGCUCGGAUGAUGAGGAAAAUGAGCAAACACAUCAAAAACGUAUAAUAUCAGAAAGUGAAUCAGAAGAUCAGAGAUCUAGUGGUGGACAGUCUGACAAUGAUUCUGGCAGUGAUCGGCCCGUGAGUAAAAAAAGGCAGUAUGAUUCAGAACAAUCAGACAGUGGAUCUGUACGAUCAAGGGGAAAAUCUGGUGGCUCAGAUGCAGAGUCGGACAGAGGAUCUGAUAACGAGGGCUCUGGUCAAGAGAGGUAUAACAACCGGAUUUCAGAUCAUGAUUCUGAGAACAGCGAGUAGAAAUGGAGUGGAAAAUAUUCCUUUUAAUUUAACAUUUUACUGUGAACUUCAGUAACAAAACCAGAACUGAAGAACUUAACAUCCAUUUUUAUAGGGUAACCUUAAAUCACAACGUGAUGCUUUUAAGUUUAUGUAUGUGCAAAGUGAGAGCAAGCCAGUAUUAUGGCAGAAAAAAACUCUUAGCACUUUGUUUCCAAAUAAAAAAAAAACUAAUUUUUUUUCUCCCCUUUGGUUCUGUACAGAAGAUGCAUAUUAAUACGCAUAUUAAUAUUUUAUAUUACGUAUGCUUCCAGUAUUUAUUUUCACUGCACAUGUAUUUUUUGUGGAUGGUUUCAAAAGUGAGGAAAGAUAUAUGCAGAUUAUUUAGUUUUGCUAAAUUGUCAUUGGUACUCCAGGAAAUGACAGGUUAAACAGAAUGAAAAAUAACACAUGCUUGGCUCUUAAACAUUUGCAGAUAAAACAGGACUGAGAUGACAGAUGUAAAGUAAGACAAGUCAAGUAGCCGCAGUAAAAUAAAAUUUUUAUUAAUUAGUCA